UUAAUUCAUUAACAGCGAGACAAGACGGCUCAAUUCAAUUUCGCGUUUCACUCUCAAUUUUUUGUCUUGUAGUUUUUGCUUUGGCAGAAAUAAAUUAUGAUAGCACGAUAACUUCAAUGUUUCGUUUAUUUAACAAAAAUAAUUUAUAAUACUCGCAAUCGCAUCAUUACAUACAAGUGCAUUAUCAGAAUAUAAAUAUAUAAUUAUGACGCGUGAAAACAUAAUUUUGUAAGACUCAAAGGACUAUAUGUUUGUGUUUUUAAUGUGUAAAUAAAAAGAUUCAGAAUGAUGCAGCCGUCGUCGGAGGGGUGUAUGAAUAUCGCUGAAUUAGCGAACCAGCUGCGAAGGGAGAAAAUCUUCAUUAAUUCAGAAAGGCAGCUGUUGCAAAAUCUCAAUGAGGAAGUGGAGAGAAAGGCCCUGGAGUUGUUGCAGGCGUCGUGGAUAUGUUCACAGCAGCGUCAGAAUCUGACUAAUCUGAUAACAGCCAAGUGUGAGAGUGAAUCUAUUGCAGCCUGCCAAAGAGCCAGCCAGCUUGAAAGGACAACUUUUAUUGAUGCCUAUAAAAUAUUGAAAUAUAAGGAAGCAUCAGCGCUUGGUGAGCUUCUGGGAUGGCUCCGCGAAUCACCACACCUGAUGGCUCUGUGCCUGCUGCUGGGAGAGGAGCACAUGCCGCCGUCACUGCCUUCAGCGCUGGUCGCCGGGCUGUAUGGCAGUUGCCGGUCUCCACCGGACCGUGCCAGACUGCUGGCGGUCAUACGGUCCUUGAUCAAACACCACAUGGCGCCGUCCAGCGAUCCUGCUAAGUUAUUUCGGUCGGGAAAAUGCGCGCUAUCCCAACUGUUCGCGGUGUUUCGCGACGGUCACACUCCCGCCAGGCAGUUCCUGGUGGCCACGUUGCAAGACCCUGUUAUGGCCGUCCUGCACGAGGACGAGUUCUUCCUGGACAUAGAUCCGGACAAGGCUAUGGAGAGGUUCACAUCGUCAGACCGUCUCAAGAAGUUCGGCCAACCGCACAGCGCAGAGUACGCAGCCAAAGUGGCUCGCUACCGCAAAUGGAUUGUCCAAUCGUUGUACAACCUCACCAGCAAGUUUAUACUCUCAAUGAGGGAGAACUGGUCCAACUUCCCGGCCAGUAUUGCGUGGUGUGUACAGCAGGUUGUACACUUGUUGAAGCAGCAUUCCAGAAUAUCAGCGGGCGACUUACACGCCAUUUGUACGGAGAUUGUUCUAGAACACUUCAUCUGCCCGGCCAUAGUGCAUCCGGAGACACACGGUGUGGUCGAGGUCCCCGUGUCGUACAUAGCUAGGUUCAACCUCAUGCAGAUCGAGCUUAUCAUCAGGAGGCUCUGUCUGGCCCGCUAUCAGGAGUUGGAAGCAAAAACACGCGAUCUAUAUUCGAAGUUCGAGCGGAGCUGCGUGUGGUCGCUUGUAGACGCUGUGUGCGGAGAUGCCUUAGCGCCUUGUACAAUGCCGCAGUCUGAAUCAUCAGCGACGACCGCUACGCUACGCACGGACGUCACCCCGGUCACAACCGUGGCACUCUUCACGGCGCAAGACGUCAAUUCUCUGAUAACAUUCCUAAAGCACAUUUCCUCGAAGCUGAACAAUAAUACACCAAGUUUGACGGCUGAAGAGCAUGCAAACGUUGGAGUUGUAGCCGAAGCUGGCGCGUUUGGUGAUUCGACCAAUGAAAACGCGGCCCUACCAUCGAAUUCGAGCAACGGUUCAUUGUCGUCGAGCGAUUCUGCUUCGUUCUCGUCUCCGCACGUGGCCACGUUGCUGCAGACCGUCGAACACAACGUGCGGGACAGACUACACGACCUGCUGAGAAAAAUGCCCGAUUUCACCGACUACAAACAAAUAUCCCCAUCAGACUCCAAAGACCUGACAAUCGAGAACGGGCACAGCAAACGAGGUAUUUUGUCCAAGAUGGCCAAACCACGUUUACCACGCAGCGGCAGCGCCAACUCUGGGCUCGACGAGAGAUCAGUCAACGGCAGCGUGGAGCGGGUCAGUGUGGACAGUUUGGAAGUGUGGAUCAUUAAGCUGUCUAAUGUCGAAGAACACGAUGUUAUUGGUAUGAUGCCUGAGUCGAAGGUUCUGGAAUGCUACGCGGCGUGCGACGAGGAUGGCCCGCUGCACGCGGCCGGCAGCGGCCCGCCCGUGCAGAAACGGACCAGGUUCUCGGUGUCCCACGACGAGGUGUCGCUGGGGAACACCUCGGACAACCUCGAGGCGGUGUCGGAGGCGGCCUCCAACCACAGCGUGACCUCCAGCCUUGAGCUGGAAACCGAGGACCAGAAUGACAACCUCUCUGAUAUGGUGUCAGCCAACGUGAGCGGGCGCGGGAGCCCCAACAUCUCGGGGCGCGAGACUCCGUCCUCGCAGGUCACGGAGGGCGACGGCCCGCCCAGACGCCUCCCACAAAAUGCGCCGGUGGGCCAAGCCGGCAGCGCUCAGGCCAAGCUGAUGAAGCAGACGAGAAACGACAUCGAUGAUAAAUUCUGCAAGUUUGAGAUCAAGAAAAUGCUAGAAGGCGACGAGACUAUCAGCAUAAUGUCGGACACAUGGAGCACCGAUGUGCUGGCUUCGGACUCGGAGACGAUCGGCGACUCCUGCGACCACACCCAGAUGACGGCCAACCAGGCCGCCAACGCUAACAAUGCAAACGCUCCGGACGUGUCGGAAACCGCCAGCGAAUCAGCGUGGAGUAUGGAUGUGCUCGCUUCGGAUAGCGACCGGAACACCGAGGUGGACACAGACGAUUGUGUGUCAGUGGCCGCUAGAUCGGACACCUCGUGGCCGCGGAGACCUUCUCAACAUGAGGAUAGCUUGCCUGCGAGGGUGCAACAGAAUGGAAGUUUCAAGAGGCCUGACGCCGGCAGUCCGAGGCACACGGUCAAACCGACCAACAGGGGCGGUGGUUACCUAAGCGCCACGGCGGCGUUGUCCCGCGGCGGGGAACUAGGGCUGCCAGCCGUGCCCAGCAACCAGCAGCACUUCAUUGAGAACAGGAAGAGCAUUCUUGUCAAUGGAUAUCCUGUGAUGACGUGCUACGCGACGUCGGCGCCCGAGAGCCCCGGCGCCGCCGCGCCCGCGCAGCCCGACGUCUUCGGCUACGUGCCGCAGGGCGGCGGCAGCGCCCAAACGGAAUCGACACUGGACGCGAACAGCCAAUCGGAUGCAACCAGCCAGUGGGUGGACGACAGCUUCCCCCCGCAGCACUCACCCGACCGCCCCUACCCCUCCACUUCCAAAUACGACCCAGCGAAGUCCUACGAUGACGACCCAAUGGACAGGUCGUUGAAUUCCAGCGAGAGUUCGUUCAAUGCGCUGUCGGUGUCGCAAUAUGGAAGAUACGACAAUGAUGAGCAACCUGAAGCGAGGUCAACAAUAACGGACCUCAUGACGCGCAUGAGUUCCGCCACAAUAUCCACAUCGGCGAAUCUCGUCAACAACCUAACAGCUCGCAUAGUCAAAUCGGAAAUCCGAACAAGCAUAGUUUCCAUCUCAUCCUCGCGCAUUGAGAAGAAGCGAGACGGCACCAGCAACAUGUCUUUAAGCACAUUAUCAGUGAACAGUGCGGAGUCAGUGUCCGAUAAGAGUUCGAGUCAGGACGUGAAUUCUGAAAAUGUGACCGAGCGCAGGAUAAGUCCGCCGACGGUCAAGACCGAGUCGACUGGGGCUAUUCCGAAGAGCAUUAGCUUUGACGCCACGGCCGAGAAGUCGCCAAGGCGUCGUAUCGUCGGCGACGAGGGUCUCGUGGGCAACCUGGACGAGCUGAAGAACAACAUGAAACGUUCCGGCGGGAAUUUGUUGCAUAAGAUCAAGAUGUUUAGGCAGAAGGGACGCUCGCAUCAGCAUCAAGAUAUAAAACUGCCCGAAGAAGAAUCUCGAAACGAAGACUGUUUUCGCGCCGAAAGUAAUGGCGAGAGUUCAGAAGACAUCCUCGCUAAGUACCGGCGGAAGACGUCUUCUGACUCCAGCAAGCAGAGACGUAGUCAGCGGAGACCUUCCGAUGUGCCUGAUGCUGAUUUGGAGAGGUCGGAGGGAGUGGUGGACCUCAACGACCCAGAAGUGUUCAAUAGCAUGAAACGACGUCUGCGCACCGUGCUGUCCAACCCAGAUCUGCACUGCGUCGAAUACGUCCCUAACCGUUGCACCAGCACGUCACUAGUGGAAUGGGUGCGGAGCCUCUCGUGCCGCCUGGCGGAGGGCGGGGCGGAGAGCGGGGCGGCGCACGCGGCGGAACUCGCGCGCGUGCUCACCGCCGCCUCGCACUCGGCCGCCGGGGGCGCCAGGCCCGCCAGAUUAGCGGCAGCGUUGCGCGCCGAUCUGGCGGCGAGGAAGCCCUACGCUACAUAUUUGGCGUCAUGCCGCGCUGCGCUCACGCAUACACAUCAUAACCUCAAAACGCAAAUCAGCCAAGUGCGCGCAGAAUGCGUGUCGUGCGCACGCGCAGCCGCGGCGUCGCGCGUGCUGGAGCAGCUGGAGCGCGGCAACGCUUUGAAGAGGCUCGCGAGGCACCACCACGCGCACAACAACCACACGCAUGCUAAUGGUGGUGAGUUGAUGGAUGAGAAAGCUUCAAGACUGACUGCCGGGAUAAAGGCCAUCACUGCUGAGGUGAAAGCGGACCCUUCCUGGGACGGUGCGUCAGCGACAUUACUGGAGACAGCCGAAUUGACGGUGGAGCGCGCGGCGUUCGCGCGGCUCUACCUGCACGUGCUGUUCCCGAACGGCGACGGCGACAUCGCGCGCGACCAAGUGCUAAGCGAACACAUCCGGCGCCUGUCCCUGUGCACGUCGGCGCUGAGGGCGGGCGUCGCCCCCCGCCACGUGUGGGCGGCCCCCUUCCCCCGCGCGCAGGCGCUCCUGCGCCAUCUGCCCGUGUACAGGACCCCCCGGGAUAAGCUGUCGUGCGUAAUGCGGUGCGUGACGGCCGUGAUGUCGGUGCUGGCGCUGAGCGGCGGCGCGCCCCCCGCCGCCGACGACCUCACCCCCGUACUCGUCUAUGUCAUACUCAAGGUGAACCCGCCGUCCCUGCUGUCGAGCAUAGAGCUGGUGUCCGCGCUGGGCGACGCAGCGCUGCAAGGCGAGGCGCAGUACUGGUGGACGCAGUUCUGCGCGGCCGUCGCUUACAUCAAGACCAUGGACUAUCCGCGGACCGAACACGACCAGCUCUAGCGAACACAUAUGUCGCGCUCAGCCGCGAUCAAGCCGCGCUUCUCGUCGAACCGCGGCCGAUGCAACACAAUAUAGACUUUAUCACAACUCAGUAGUGCUCAUUAUUGUAUAACUCCAUAUUAUCAUUAACACAUUCACUGGUUUCUUAUCGAGUGUCUUUGCUGGUGCCAAUUAAAGUCGCCUAAAGGCAAUUGGAAUGACUUCUACGAAUACCGCCAGUGGAAUUAAACGCGUACACACAUGUGAUCUGAAUAUACAUACUAAGACUAAUUUUAUUGUUGUCACCAACUGUUGUCCGCAACUCCGCUCGCGGGAAAAUCUAUCAUUAACCUCCUAUUUCACCCCCUUAAGGAUAGAAUUUAAAUUCCUUGCUUAUUAGAGUUACGUGUGUAACACAAGAAACUGGCCACAUUCUGUUAAGAAAGUUAAGAAAAUAAAUAUCUAUCUCCUGUUGAUUGGCUACACUGGGUGUUGCCACAUUCUGUCAAGAAAGUGAAAUAAAUCAAUGUGGUCGCUGUCACCCGUUGGUUGGAGUGUUUACCAACCAAUUAUGACAAUUAUAUUCGGUGUUGCAAUGGCAAAAAAAUGUAGUUCAUUUAAAAACACUGUUUUCUGCACUUUCUUUACAGACUGUAGCUAAUAUUAUAAACAACAAAGUUCGAUACCGAAUGGUAUUUUGCAUGUAACAUAUUAAGAGGGCGAAAGGUAUAAAGACGACAUACACACGUGCGAAGUGGAGGACAAAAGGUUGUAUAGGACAUGAGUAUUUAAUUAUUCAAAUAUUAAAUACAUAAUUAUGCAUAAUAUUGUAUCAGACUUGGCAAAAUAUAUGUAUAUGUAGUGAAAAAUUUACUCGAUUCAAAUUUCACGCUUGUAUACUUCCUUAGCGAUUAAAUGAUUGUUGUAAAACGUAAGCUUUCAAAUUAGGACAAUGGUGGCAUCCUGUUGAAUCGAAAUAGUGAAUGUAAAUAAAAUUACGUAAGAAUAUAAUAAUUGAGAUUGUAUUUGUGUAUUGAACCCAUUUUAUUCAUAACACAUAAUGUAUGUUAUGAUAAAAGUUAUUUUAAUUUAAAUAUGAUUUUCCUAUCCCUCGUGGACGAGGUAAUAUUUUAACUGUAGUAGAUUUUAAGCGUUAUUAUUAUGAAUAACAUAGGUAUUGUAAAUUUUGUCCGAUACAGAGCAAAAAGCAAUCAUUCAAAUUUGGACUUUAAAAUCUUUAUUGUAAGUAUAUAUUGCUUUGUCUUUGAAAAUUUAUUUUCUGCUUGUCACAGUCAAAUGUGUCUAUUGCGCACGAUAUAAAAUAUGAUUGUACAUAAUGUUAAUGUGGCUUAUAUAUUAUAGUAAGGAAACAAGCCACAUUCUAAUUUAACUAUCUAGAUUGGCUUUGUAAAAUUGUUCCGUGAACUUUAAUACUUCCCAAUAAAGAAUAUUUUUCAAUGCGUCUGAUAAGAAUGAUAGAGUUUUAGACUUUGUCUGGUGUGGCCUAACUGGGCAUGAAUGAAUACGAUGUUGUUGAAUUUUGUUUCUGAAAAAUCAGACACGAAACUCUUAUUAGAAACACUUAUUAGAAAAGUUAAUCUUUAGGAUAUCCAUUCAUUAAUUCCGUCACAAUAACGUUAAUGAUUAUUGAUUAUUAUUUUUUAACUUAAAUAUAGUUGCGUCACAUUUGUUAAACUUCCCCCGUCCUAGAGUGACGAAACCUUUUCACAUCUAGUGUUUCUAACAAUGAUGUCAGAUUUUAUUUAAGUCGCCCAAAGCAUCUGCGACAGAGACAGGCUGAAUUCGCGUAGCGCAGCGGACAAUCGCCUUUAAUAAUGUAUAAAAAUAUUUAACUGUGUCACUUUAAGCCCACGUUUUAAAGCAUUUAUCACAAAAACAUAGCGCAUUUCCAUUAAAAAGGCAUUUGGAAAAAUCAAAAUUACGUAAUUAUUGUGUCGUACGUUGUCUCCAUCGACUGUGAUUAUAAUAGGAUAAUACUCUAUUCAUAAAGAGAUAACGAACACUUAAAACCUUUUUUACUUAAAAUGUAAUUUGUUGUAUCCAAUUUAGAUUUUUUUUUAGUUUUAUUACGAAAUAACAAAAAGUUACAAAAUAAGGUCUUCAUUAAAAUAUGUAUUUAUUAAAGUAUGUAUGUGUGCAUAAUUAUGCCACCCCCAACAUUAUUCACAGCUUAAUUAAAUUCUUGUUAAACAAAAAGUUUCCACUAGAGGUCAACUGUGUGGUUAAAAUUAUAUUAUUUAAUUUUUAAAGUAGUUUUACAAUUUACUUUAAAUAUUUAAACUAAAAUAGGUUUUGUACGUUCGUUCGCUUUUUAUGAAUAAGACUGAAUGAAAUGAAUAUUUUUGAUGGUGUUUUUAGAGCGUGUUAUAUUUUCAGUGUGUUGUGAUUCGUGUGAUGUUACGUAGGAAAUUAGGCAUGAAAUGUAUGGCAAUGGAGAAUCGGUUUUAUGUCUGUGCGAUAAGGUAUGAAAUUGAAUGUAUGAUACACGUAAGAGUUCGGUUUUAUCCUACCCAUGUAUAUUAUAGCUAUAGAAAUCUCGCCAGAGAAGUACGGUCUAAAAAUUUUAAAAUGUAUGUAUUUCGAAGCAAACAAAUUCAUCAUUAUACAAUGUAGAAUAAUAAUGUGAGUCCGAAAGAAAUGAUUCUCGUCGCACGAGAAUGUUAUAAGAUUUUGUGUGUUGAAAAAUAAUAACAAAUAUUACAUACUUUACAUAUUUUUUCCGUAAAAAUAUUUGAAAGUAGUACAUAAAGCGAAAUGGCUAAUGAUCAAGGAAAUUAUGUGUAUAUUGUGAAGAUGUUGCGAGCCACGAUACAUUCAGAAUAUCGAAUAAUUGAUUAAGAGUGUUUGCAUUUUCGCUCACACGCCCUUUUUAAGAUUAGGAAUUCUGCAAAAAUCCAGUAUCCUACCAAAGAGGUUUCGAUUCGGUAUGGCGGGAAUAUAGAGCUUUCCUUAGUUUCCGAAUAUUUUAUUAUUAUUAAGGAUAAAAGUAACAUAAUCGCGUACGAGUAAUUAAUACACGCAGUGACAACUUUUGCUACUUAAUGAUUUAUAACAGAAUUUUUUUUUCUUCAAUUUUUAUCCCAAUAUUGUCAACUUAUAAUUAUAUAUAAAUUAUAAUUGGCACUUUGUUGGAUACUGGCUUUUACACAAGUUAGAAUAAAUAUAGUGAUCAUUCGCAAACGCGAUCCGUUCACAUCAACUUAAUUUAUUAAACAUAGAAUAAGCGUGGGUACGUUUUAAAUGUUAUGAGCACCGGUUUAUUUCGCACUCUUAAAAGACAUUAAUUUUGAAAUAAACAGUAGUAUCGUAGCAUAAAAAGUUACCCUUAAAAAUACCUUGCGAUAAUAAAUAAUAUAGUAUUUUACGCGUUUACAUCUACCAAUAUUGAUGUAAUAUAUGCUGUCUCACUCAAUCAAGUGAAAUAGCAUAUCGUGCUUCUCACUCAUGAAGUGGUUGCGUCAAUUGUCGCGGCGUGGAAACGAGCCUAAUAUCUUUUUUGGUAAAUCAAUUUUGUCUUUGUGAAAUUUCGACGAAUUUGUAGACGUAUAACAUAGCAUAUUAGUGAAAUCAUAUAAUAAUAUAAUAAUGUUUGUGAAACUACAUAGCUGUACAGAUUGGUGUGAGAGUUCGCUGAUCAUUUUAUUCACCAGAUCUAUUUUGAACAUGAAAUUAUACGUUACUUGAGCCUGUACUCCUAAGAACUUUUUGAUACAAAGUAAACAAUUAUAUGUAAAAACUCUUUUCUUUCGCGGGGAAAUGUAUAAUUAUAUAAUUACUAUACGUUAUAACUGUGUAUAUACCUAUUUAUUAUAAUGUAGCUUGCAUCAAAAAGUUCUUAGUAGUGGAGUCCAGUAACCUUCAGAUUGAUGUUUUUAAAUCAUUUAUUCGGCAAGAUCGUACGCUGCGUGACGCGUCGGGCGCGGUUCCAUGUAGAUCCGUAAAGCCAUGAUAUGCAAAAUAAUUUUCCAAGUCUGCGUCUCUUUCACAAUGUUACAGAAAAUAUAAUCUGGUUAAGCCCUUCUAAAUUAAUAAACACGAUGAUGUGAACCGAUUUUGUAGAAAAAUAAAAACCUUUAAUGUUUAUGCUCCGUCCCAUGCGGGUAAAGCCACUAAAAAGUAAAGUUGCAUCCCUUAUUGCUCAGUCACAUCGGAGCGCGACUGACGCAAUAAGGCAUGGUUUUCAACAUAGUGUCGCGCAGCGGACUUGUAUAGACGCUUAAUUAUAUGCUUAAUUUUUGUGCAAUCAUCAUUCUGGUAAUAAACUACAAUCACCGCUGGGCAAAUAAGUUGAAAUGUACAAUUUAAAAUGUUUUGUAGAUAAUAUUUUUUUCAAAAGAUUAGAGUCAAUUUCCCUAUGCUUAUAUAGACAAACAUUAUGAAUUGAUUUGUUUUUUACAACUUAUAUUUUUAUUUGCAAACGCGAGUAUGCUUCUUGCAUUUAAAGGAAAGUGUACGAAACCAAGUAUAACUUAACAUUUUAACCGCUGUUAGUUGCUACAACUUUUAAUUAGAUUAAAUGUGUACCUAAUGUAAUCAGAGCAAUGAAAUUAUAUUUAGCAAUAAAAUAAUCAUGUUUACAA